AUGUCUGAUAUUAAUGAAAGACUUCGAAUUAUUGCGGCAAUUCCUUCACAAAAGGACAAAACCACAGAAUAUCGUUCUUUGCUUGAAACCAUUUUAACUUCAACAAAUGAACCAAUACUUGCGGAUAGUUUAGAAGCUUUUGUUGAUCAUAUCGUACAAGAACAAGUUGGCUUGGUUAUUUCUCGUCAAGUAUUAAGUGACUUUGUACAAGGUGUUGACAAAAUUAGUAAUUCAGAGAUUAAGAAACGUGUUCUUCAUUUUGCUUUAAGUAAAGUACAACCUAGAGUUGUUAGUUUCGAAGAACAGAUUUCAACCCUUCGUGAGAAAUUGGCAGAAAUCUAUGAAAAUGAGGAAGAUUGGCUUGAGGCAGCUAAAGUGUUACAAGGAAUUCCAUUAGACUCUGGACAUAGAACUAUACCGGAAGAAUAUAAAUUAAAGAUUUAUAUCAAGAUCGUUCAACUUCUUUUGGAAGAAGACGAAGCAGUAUCAGCAGAAACAUAUCUCAGUCGUGCUGCGUUACUAGUUCCUAGCUGUAAAGAUCAAGUGAUUAAUCUUACAUUUAAAUUAUCGCAGGCAAAAAUAUUUGAUUUCAAGAGAAAAUUCUUGGAAGCUAGUUCAAAAUAUCACGAAUUGAGUUAUGUUUCAGAGUUAGCGGCUGAUGACCGCACAAAUUGUCUGAAUGCAGCUAUAACUUGUGCAGUGUUGGCAGGAGCAGGACCACAACGUUCACGUAUGUUGGCAACACUUUAUAAGGAUGAACGUGUCCAACGUUUACCGCAUUUUUCAAUUUUGGAGAAAAUGUACCUUGAUCGCGUUUUAAGGCCAAAUGAAGUUAAAGGAUUCGCAGAAACCCUAAAAGAUCAUCAAAAGGCAAGAUUGCCAGAUGGUACAACAGUACUUGAUAGAGCUGUUAUCGAACAUAAUCUUUUAUCAGCUUCAAUGAUUUAUAAUAAUAUAACAUUUGAAGAGCUUGGUUCUUUGUUGGCCAUUUCUCCUGAUCAAGCUGAACAAAUUGCUAGUUCAAUGAUUGAACAAGGUCGUAUGCAGGGUACAAUUGAUCAAAUUGAAAGGUUAAUAUUCUUUGAAAGUAGUUACGGAAGUGGUGGUAAAUCUAUUUGUGGCGUGCUGGGAGCUAAAUGGGAUUUAGCUAUUCAAAACGUUUGUCAUCACGUCGAAGAAGUUGUAAUUGCUAUAGGAUCUAAAUAUCCUGACCUUAUGCAGAAAUCUUCCUUUUAA